AUGACGCUGCGACAGCAACACCAUGCCCAGUGGGACCCGAAGAAUUUUGAAAUUAGGACUUUGUCCGUUGAGCGACAGUUGGAACAGCUUGUUAAACAGGUGACGACGCUCGUGUCUGGAAAACCGUCAAAUUACCGCAAGGGACAAUCAAAAUCAGGCGCUGUCUUGAUUGAGGCAGUUGACAGGGCGCUGGACGGAUUUAUGCAAGUGGGCCAUGAAGUCUCGCAAAUUGCAUCCAAGUACGGCACCUUGGGAAAUGACAUGAACGGCAUUCUUCAAGAAAUUGCCACUUCUGGCGCGAGCCUCAAAUCCGCCGCUGGCGAAUUCGUCAGCGAUCCAUUCGAAACUAAGAAGAGAGAGAAGGUCGUUCGCCAUGCUCGGGCAGUCCUUUCUGCUGUUACUCGAUUGCUGGUUCUGGCCGAUAUGGUUGAUGUGGAACGACUUUUGGAAAAGCUGAGAAUCGCGAAGGGAAGCUUGGGAAAAGUGAAAGAAGCGAGCACCCAAGACGAAUUGAACGCGACUUUCAAAGAAUUCGGCUCCGACGUGGCGAAGCUUCAAGCAGCCGCUGGCUUCCGACAAAAAGACUUGAAGGAUCCAACACGACGAGACGAGCUCGCCGCUGCUCGACGAGACUUGAAAGACAAUUCAUUGAUGCUCUACACGGCUUCGAAAGCUGCGCUGGAACAUCCUGAAGUCGCCGCCGCCAAGCAAAACCGUGACUUUGUCCUGCGAAAAGUUCAGGACGCCAUGCAGCGAAUCGAGCGAGCCGUGACUGGCACUGGGCCAUUGUCGGCGCGUGAUGGCACAGGCAACAACCUAGCCGAUGCGUUUGACCAGUUCGAGGAGCAGAUCGACUUUUCGCCGUUGAAAUUCGAAGAGAGCGUUGUCCGACCAAGCCUGGAGGAAAAACUGGAAAGAAUUAUUUCCGGAGCUGCGUUGAUGGCAGAUGCCGAUUGCACGAGAGAGGACAGACGAGAACGAAUCGUCGAAGAAGCCAAUAAUGUUCGCCAGGCGCUUCAGGAUCUGCUGAACGAGUACAUCAAUAACUCUGGUAAUCCAAACAGAUCAGCGAUGUUGGAGAAUGCGAUCGACGCAAUGGUCAUGAAAAAUAAAGACCUGAAGAGACAACUGCGAAAGGCCGUCGUAGAUCACGUCAGUGACACCUAUCUUCAAACCUCAGUACCUCUGCUCGUCCUGAUCGAAGCUGCGAAAAAGGGAAACGAAGAAGAAGUCAAGGAAUACGCACAGGUCUUCCGAGAGCACGCUGAGAAGCUCGUAGAAGUGGCGAAACUGGCGACGACGAUGUCGAAUAAUGAGGAAGGCGUACGAAUGGUGAAACUAGCGUGCAACCAAAUCGAAACUUUGUGUCCACAAGUCAUCAACGCAGCGCUCACUCUCGCCGCAAGGACGGAUUCGGAGAUUGCUCAGGAAAAUAUGGAAGCUUUCAGACGAAAGUGGGAAGGAGAAGUGCAAAACUUAACCGACGCUGUUGAUGAAAUUGUAACGAUCGGCGACUUUUUGGCGGUUUCGGAAGCUCAUGUUUUGGAAGACGUCACUCAAUGCGUCGCCGCGUUACAAUCGAAAGAGCUCGAUCAACUCGAUAGAACUGCUGGGGCGAUUCAAGGACGCGUCCAACGAGUUCAUCAAGUUGUCAUGGCGGAAAUGGACAAUUACGAGCCAGACUUUUACACCGACAAAGUGCGUGAAGAAACAGACAGGCUUUUGGAAGAGAUCACUCCAAUCUUUACCCAGCGGGUUUCGGCUGUUAUCGAAGCUCUCGACAAGGACCCACCAGAGGAAAUUGACGAGAACGAAUUCAUUGAGGCCGCUCGAAUGGUCUACGAAGGCGUUCGAGACGUCCGACGCUCUGUUCUUCAAAUGCGAGAUCCCAACGACGACGACAUCGACUCGGAUAUUGAUACUCACUCACAUGCCUCCACGAACAAAACCACCGACACUCUCAAUCGCGAUCCCUCCCGAGAAGCAUUCAAAAACCUUCCUGAGCCAGCGAAAGAAGUUAUUGAUGCUAACAUCAAGGAGUUUAAUGAGCAGCGUGCUGAGAUGGAUCGAGAGGUUGGCAAGUGGGACGAGUCUUCCAACGAUAUUAUCGUCUUGGCGAAAAAGAUGUGCAUGGUUAUGAUGCAGAUGACGGACUUUACCCGUGGUACAGGUCCACUAAAGAGCACGAGCGAUGUGAUCAGUUCUGCCACUCAAAUCGCUCACCUGGGUAAUCAGCUCGAGUCGCUUGCUUCCCAGAUCGCCGAGGCUUGCCCAGAAGAUUGGGCGCGAAACGAGCUCAUGGCUCACAUCAACAAAAUCAAGUUCUACUGCCACCAGCUGAACAUGUGCGCCAAGGUCAAGGCCGAAGUGCAAAAUAUCGCAGGCGAACUGGUUGUCUCCGGCCUUGACUCCGCCACAUCCCUCAUUCAGGCUGCGAAGAACCUGAUGAAUGCUGUUGUUCAAACCGUCAAGGCUUCAUAUGUUGCUUCCACGAAGUUCAAGCGCGCUGAAACCAAUUCCAGCGUGGUUGUCAUGUGGCGACUGAAAGCUCCCGAGAAAAAGCCCCUUGUCCGACGAGACGGGCAAAACAACGGCGGAAACGGGCGAAAACCCGUGCGCCGCGCAUCCCAAAAACGCGUCAACCACCAACAGGAAAUGUCGAAUUUCCACCAAAACAUUUAG